AUGGGUGGGGUGACGUCCACCAUCGCCGCGCGCUUCGCCUUCUUCCCGCCCACGCCGCCCUCCUACACCGUCGUCCUCGCCGACGCCGCCACCGGCCGCCUCCUCAUCCCCGAGAUCUCCCGGCCCCCCGCGCGCCGACGCAGGCGGGACGGCGCCAGCGCCGGAGGGGACUCCUCCUCCUCCGCCGCCGCCGACGACGAGGACGGCACGGAGGUGGUGCGCCUCCGCACGCGCCGCGGGAACGAGAUCGUGGCCGUGCACGUGCGCCACGCGCGGGCCUCCGCCACGCUGCUCUACUCCCACGGCAACGCCGCAGACCUCGGCCAGAUGUACGGGCUCUUCGUCGAGCUCAGCCGACGCCUACGCGUCAACAUCUUCGGGUAUGAUUAUGCUGGUUAUGGGAGGUCUACGGGGAAGCCCACUGAGUAUAAUACAUAUGCAGACAUUGAAGCAGCAUAUAACUGCCUCAAGGAAAAAUAUGGUGUGCCAGAUGAGGAUAUAAUUUUGUAUGGCCAAUCUGUUGGAAGUGGUCCAACCAUUGAUCUUGCUUCACGAUUACCAAAUUUGCGAGCUGUGGUUCUGCACAGUCCCAUUUUAUCUGGACUGAGAGUACUAUAUCCAGUCAAAAAAACAUUUUGGUUUGACAUUUACAAGAAUGUCGACAAAAUCAGCCUGGUAAACUGUCCAGUUCUUGUCAUUCAUGGCACAUCAGAUGACGUCGUUGAUUGGUCACAUGGAAAGCAGCUAUGGGAACUUUGCAAGGUGAAACAUUCGCCUUUGUGGUUAAGUGGCGGUGGGCACUGCAAUCUUGAGCUAUAUCCUGACUACAUCAGGCACUUGAAGAAGUUUGUAUCGGGCCUUGGCAAAAAAUCGACGAAACCUGACCUGAAAGAGGUAACAGCGACAGAUGACACUUCUCAAAAAGUUACAGAACCUGCAUCCGUGGACAAACCCCAAGAAGAUGCGAAGUGCCGACAGAUCUCGCGGAAGAGCUUAGAUAGUAGAGUUGGGAAAUCCAAAACAGCAGAUGCUGCUGAAAAGCCACGAAUGAGCUCAGAUGAUGUUGACAAGUUUAGGAGGAGAAGAUGCUUGGUUUGGUGAUCUACGAUAUGAAUUUCUGCACAAUUCAUGGAGUAGUUUCUGAAUACCAUGUCACGAGAAUCAAGCAACCAUGUCACAUUGUACAGCGAGGAGCGACACUAGCAGUUCCCGCAGUGGACGGAUAGCCGCUGUUUUAAUGUGAGAAAAAAACAAUCAGGAAGCUGUUGUAUAGUUUCAUUUAUCAAAGAGGUACGUCUGGACAUGGUAGCUUUCUCGGUUAAUUAACAUGUGUGCAAUUAACCUGUUUUGCCACACCAGUCGCAUGCAGUAGGAUUUUCAUCAUGUAAAAGUGUACCAUUAUUGUCUGUAAUCACAAGGAAGAAAGAUAGAACAUUUGCUGCCACUUUGUGCAGUCUAAAGUCUUGGUGCAAUCACAACCAGCAUUUCCUAGUCUGGAUAUGUCAAUAUAGUGUUCAUAUGUUACGUGGCUUCAA